AUGACGCAAAGUAGAUGCGAAACAGGCACUGAGGAAAACCUUGGGCGUAACCAGAACGGCCCGACGGGCGAUGCGGACAAUCAGGCUACAGUGCCAUCACUUGGAACCUCUGGCGAUCUUGAAAAGUCUUCAGGACAAGAGCCACCGAACGAUGCGACUCGGCCUGCUCCAGUCAAGCCGCCAAUGUUUGAAGUACCAGAUGGUGGACUUGUGGCCUGGCUUCAAGUCGCUGGUGGAUUCUCCCUGUUCUUCAACACAUGGGGCAAUUUGAAUACUUUUGGGAUUUUCCAGACAUACUACGAAGAGGGUCAAUUGUUCAGGCAGUCAUCCUCAAACAUUGCAUGGAUUGGAUCCAUUCAAGCUUUCCUACUCCUUUUCGUCGGAGCCAUCUCAGGUCCGAUAUUUGACCGAGGAUAUCUCCGAACCCUUCUCGCUGUCGGCUCUUUCCUCAUCAUUUUUGGCUAUAUGAUGCUCAGUAUAUGCAAAGCCUAUUGGCAAGUUGUGUUGGCCCAGGGAUUCUGCAUCGGAAUCGGCGGUGGACUACUCUUUGUCCCAGCAAUAGCCCUUCUCCCAACCUAUUUCCGUAGGAGACUCGGUCUGGCCGUGGGUUUGGCUGCUGCGGGCAGUUCGAUGGGUGGUAUCAUCUAUCCGAUCGUCUUCUACCGACUUAUUAACCGGAUCGGCUUUGGCUGGUCUACUAGAGUCAUUGGGUUUAUCUCUCUAGCCACCUUACUCGUCCCCAACCUGGUGAUGAGACAGCGCAUCAGGCCUCACAAAGCCCGAGCCUUGAUUGACACCACCGCCUUCAGUGAUCGGCCUUAUCUCCUGUUCGUCUUCGGCGCGGUCACGGGCUUCAUCGGCCUGUAUGUCCUGUUGUUCUAUAUCUCCUUCUACGGUGAAGUCAAUGGCUAUACCAACCGGAGUUUAUCAUUCUACGUCAUCCCGAUUCUUAAUGCGGCCUCGGUCUUCGGUCGAACAGUCCCCAAUGCGAUAUCCGACAAGACCGGUCCUUUUAACCUGAUCGGCCCAGGAGCCCUGGUCUGCGGCAUCUUGAUCUUCUGCAUGCUGGCAGUAAAAAGUGCCGCCGGUGUAGUCGUCGUCGCCGCGUUAUUCGGUUUCUUCUCGGGCGUCUUUAUCGCAUUACCGCCCGUCUGUCUUGCUGUGUUGACAAAGGACAAGUCAAAACUCGGGACGAGAAUUGGUAUGGCCUUUGGCAUCACUUCAUGCAGUACGCUCAUUGGUGGACCUGGGGCGGGUGCGGUUCUGGGAGCAGAUUCUACUAAUUUGCAUUGGACGAGAACUUGGGUAUUUGGUGGGGUCUUUUCCAUCUUUUCCGGCUGUCUCUUCAUCUUACUUAGAGGGUGGACCACCGGAUGGAAGUUCAUGGUCAAGGUUUGA